UGCAAGAGCCCGGAUAAUAACAAACCCAACAGGGAAAGAAGGCGGGCUGAACAAGUAUUUUAUGGAGAGGGAGCUCAGACUUCAAAUGGGAAAGGACGUCAACUUCAACAGUGUAUUAAAUCUUUAUCUGGAAAUCCAGGAUUGAUCCAAGUUGCUGUCUAUUGAUUUUUCCGAGAGAGACUCACGUUUUGCUUUGCAUAUCAGCUGCUGGUAUGAUGUGACCAUAUUGGACACUGGUUUCACUUGAGUCAGCAGGGUUUUCAAUCAAGCGGGGGCAAUAUGUUUGAAGGUGUUUUGGCAAGUGUCAUCAACAGCUUCUUGGGAAAAUACAUCAAGGACCUUGAUGCCCAAAACCUUAAGUUGAGCAUUUUCAGUGGUAAUGUAGAGCUAACCAAUCUCCAGCUGAAACCAGAGGCUUUGCAUGAACUACCAGGCAGACAGUAUGAGUUAGAGUUACCUAUAGAAGUUAAAGCAGGAUUUGUUGGUAAAAUCACCCUGGUUAUCCCAUGGAGCAGUCUGUUCUCUCUCCCAGUCAUUGCCAAGGUAGAAGAUGUCUUUGUUCUGGCUGGUCCUGUGUGUGACAGAGGGUACGAUGAGGACAGGGAAAAAGCUCUUCAGAAUGCCAUUAAGAGGAAAAAACUGGAGGAAAUUGAAAGUGCUAGAAAGUCUGCAUCUGCAAGUACAUCAGCAAGUGAUCAGACAUUUUUUGAAAAAUUGGCAGCAACAAUCAUCAAUAACAUUCAGGUCCAUGUUGAGAACAUCCAUGUAAGAUAUGAAGACACGGUCACCAACCCUGACCACCCAUUUGCAUUUGGCAUCACUCUAAGAUAUGUGUCUGCCGAGUCCACAGACGACAGAUGGAAGCCCACUCAGAUUGACGCUCAAGCUUCACUCAUGCACAAGCUGGCAUGGAUGAAAGACCUCUCUAUAUACUGGAACCCAUAUCUACCAGAGAGUAAACUGGUCAAGUCCAAGAUAUCAAGUGGUGUAUGGAGGAAUCUCAUGAAAAAUGCAAUUAGCACUCACAGGAUUUAUGGAGAGGAAUUUGAUGACAGUGAGUUUGAGUACAUCAUGCAGCCUAUGUCAGCAGAACUGAGGGCUGUGAUCAACAAGGCAGAUACCAUAGCUAUGCCAAGACUGCUGGUUGACUUGCUGCUGGGCAAAAUUGAUGUUGACAUAACAAGGCAGCAGGUAGACCACACUGUAGAACUCACCACUCUUACUCUCCAGUUUCUAAAUGUCCUGAGCCUGGCAGACUCGUUCAAACUGAUGGCUCUCAACCAGAGAUACAGAAAGUACAGACCCUCUGCCUCUCUGAAAGGGAAUAUUAGGAAAUGGUGGAAGUAUGCUUACACUUCUGUGGUGGAAGAGUACAUCAGACCAUUCUCAUGGGAGAGAAUAAAAAGACACAGGGAGCAGUACAGAGACUACAAAGCUCUGUUCAAGAAGAAGCUGGAAAAUCCAGAGUCUGAGGAAAUAUUGCCAAGGCUAGAAAGAAUGGAAGCAGAUAUGAGUGUUGCUAAUAUCCUUCUGGCCAGGGAGAAUGCCAAGUUAGAGUUUAUUCAGGAAGCCCCUGAUAGAGCAAAAAAGAGAGAGAAGAAAAAGGGAUACUUUGGAUCCUUCUGGGAUUGGUGGAGUUCUAGUGGAGAUAGUGAAGAUGAAUUAGAGAUCAUUACUGAUGAAAAAGACGUGUGGUCAAAACUGAGUCCUGAAGAAAAGGAAGAACUGUACAAAGGAAUAGGAUAUAACCCUGCACAGCCAGCUGCAGUCCCAAUACCUCCUCAGUAUGUAGCCCAUAAGGUGAACUUGCACUUGAAGAGCUCCACAUUGUCCUUGGCAAACUAUGGCAAAGAUGUUCUCAAAAUUGCUGUUGGUAGUUUGACGGGGAGUUUUGAGAACAGACCAGAAUAUGAAGCUUUUAGGGUGUCAAUGAAGACCAAAACAUUCAAAAUAGAAGGGGCCUCUGUGGAGCAUGAGCUGGUCCCUCUGGUGACUUCAGAUGUAGGAGUUUUUGAUGAAGCUCCAUCCCAGAGGUUUCAAGUGUUUAGUUUGGAUUUUGACUCCAAUCCAUAUCAUGUGAGGGCAGACUACGCACUGGCAGUCAAUGUCCAGCCUGUGGAAGUUGUCUAUGAUGAGCAUGCCAUAUCAGAGGUUAUCAGCUUCUUUGAGGCUCCAGUGGUCACUAUGAAUAGGAUGAGAGAGGCAGCUGGGGAGUACUUUGAACAGCUAGCAGUUUACAGCAGAGCAGGGCUACAAUAUGCCAUUGAGAGACACAAGACAGUGCAUGUAUCUGCAGAUAUGAGGUCUCCAUAUGUGGUUAUACCAGAGCACGGCACAUUGCAUAGGCCAGGUAAUGUGCUGGUGGUAGAUCUUGGUACCCUGAAGAUAGAGAGUGAACUGCAGCCAGAAGAAGUGAACCUGCAGAAUGUCAGUAGGACAGAGCUGGAGACCAGAUUGUAUGACAAGUUCAAUAUCAAUAUUGACAAAGUGAAAAUCUUGCUGGCAGAUUCAGGAGAUGACUGGCACACAGCACAGUCCAAGGAAGACUCUGAUUUCCAUAUUUUACCAAGUAUUGGACUUAACAUGUCAUUCUUCAACACAGUACAGCCAGAUUAUCAGGAGUUACCAAGUUCUUCCCACAGACAAAAAGUGAUAGCAAACCUCCCAGGUGUUACUCUGAAUUUGUCUGAUAAGAAGAUCUCCACACUGUACACAUUCAUCAAGAAUCUUCCACUGCCCAAUACUUCUGUGAGCCCAAUGUUACUGGAUGCUGUGGACGGGCUGGAGAUAGAAACCUGGGAUAUGGACUUCACAGAUGCCAUCCUGGAGCCCAGUAUCCCUGAACUGAUCAGGAUGAGUAGCUCAGUGUCCAAGAACUCUGUGGUCAAACCAAAGAAGAAGAAACCUGGGGCUGCAGGUGCCACACCAGUUAUCUCUGUAACCAGGAGAUCAGCCAGUGAUAAGUUCUAUGAUGCUGAGGAUUAUUCAGAUGAUGAAGAGAUGGAUGAAUGGUCAAAAGCCAUAGAUGUCCCAGCAGUGGAUGACCACAGUUCCCCAACCAACAUUAUCACUGUCCUGAUCAGGUUUGAGAUGCGUGAGGUGGUGAUCAACAUAUCCAAGUUUGUGGAUGACAUAGAGACCCCCUACCUCAUGCUGAGGGUUACAGGACUGCAGGCAGAUGCUGCAGUCACAGUGUAUGGGCUGGCUAUCAAUGCUAAACUCAGGGGACUGCAACUGGUGGAUAAGUUACAUACAGGUGCCUCUGGAGAGUACAUGGAGAUCAUCAAGUCAGAACUCAAUGAAGAUCUCAUGUCAGUGGUGUACAGACAGGUGUCUCCAGAAUGCCCAGAGUUUGAUGCCAUCUAUAGAAGUAUACACAGAGGAGUUGUGGUGCACAUGACAGUGCUGAAUAUAGUGUUUGAGCGUGAGGCCUGCUACUACCUGUAUAACUUCACUCAAGCCUUGCUGACCAGUCUGGCCAGUGUGGACAUGAAGUCCAGUACUUACUCUGCCCUGUCAUCUCCUUCAGCUCCAACAGUGACUGAUGCCUUUAAGGUAGCAGAGUCAAAAGAGUCUAAAAAAGAAGAACCCGCCCUGCCAGCAGGCAGUACCAGUUUGUUCAUAGCAGGACUAUUUGAUGAUCUGACCAUCAAUAUGUGCAGCAAUGAUGGAGAACUGGCUGAUUUACACAUCAAAGGUCUGGAAAGUAAAAUUGUUUUGAAAAGAAGUCGCACAGUCCUUGGUGGAAAACUGCAAAAUUUGACUUUAGAUGACAAAACUCUCACCACCAUGUACCCUAGGAUACUGACAUUUGAGAAAGACGAGGUGUUUGAUUUUAAGGUGACAUUAUAUAAUACACAGAGUAAACCAUCUGACAUAGACAUUGGUGUCCAGCUGAAGAUAGGGGAGGUGCAUGUGGUCUUCCUCUACAAGUUUGUAGUAGAAUUGUGGGGCUUUAUGGAUCCUUUCCUAAACCCAGAGGCUACAGAUGCAGCUCUAGAAGCUACCCGGGGUGCCAUAGAGACACAGUAUCAAGACUUCACUGAGAAAGGGAAGAGAAUCUCCCUGAGGUUUGAUAUCAAGGCCCCCACAGUCUGGGUGCCAGAGAGCUCCAAGUCCCAGCAGCUGUUUGUAGCCAAACUGGGAGAUUUGAAAUUGUCUAACAGCUACAUGGAGACCUCGUUAGAUGGUGGGGAGACCCAAGUGUUUGACAGCAUAUAUGUGGAUCUUACCUCUGUGCAGAUUGAUAGAGGCUGGCUGAAACCAGACAGCACAGUGGAGCUCCAGCAUCUUGUAGUGGAACCUAUCAGUAUGACAGUGUACUAUAAGAAGGCUGUUGUGCCUAUCAAAGUGGACACCAUCAAUGAGUUCAGUGGGAAGAUGGGAGUGAUCAAGGUCAAUGUCAGCCAGCAAGACAUGAAGCUAGCAAUAGGCAUCUUGUACAAAAACAUUGGCGAGAAGAAAGUCACUCGCAGCGAUGUGGUGGAACCCAAGCCCACAUCCCCAGAGCUGGACAUCAUUAGUGGGGACACUGUGAUGGAGGAUGAGGGGCCUGAUGUCACAGGGAACAGUGACACUGUGAAGAAGGAGAUCAGUGCCAAUGUGGUUUUUGAGGGAACGGUGCUGACGCUGCUUAACGAGGAUGAAGAAAUAAGACAUGGCUUACCGACAGGAGGGAAUGACUGUAAUUCCUUGUCCAGAUUUGAGGUAGGCAAGUUGAAUGGUACAGUGGCCAUCUACUCUGACAAAGCCAUUGAUGUCCAGGUGACACUUCAGGAAGUCUCUCUUGAUGACACCAGAAAGGAGAGUAACCUAGCUGUGAAAAGGAUGUUUUUACCUUUGUGGAAAGUCAAGAAGACUGUAGAGAAUGCCAAAGACAGCACAGUACCCAUGGUGGAUUUUAUAUACAAGCAAGAUUCUGAGGGCAAUCAGCAUGUUGAAAUGACAGUGGAGAGAAUCCGCCUUAAUGUCAGCAUGCCCUACUACCUGACUGUGAUCAACUUUAUCAUUGCCGCACUGAAAGUACAGGAGCCUCAAACAAGGCGUGACUCCAGUCUGGCCAGUAAUGACAGAUAUAAACGCAGUAUGUCUAUAUCUGUACCACAGCCACAGGUGUCAGAGACUCAGAGGAAGUCCAAGUUAACAGUCAGGGGGAGGGUGAAAGAGCCGGAGGUGGUCCUCUUUGCCAGUCCUCAAGAUGCCUGCAGCAAAGUGCUGUUCUUAAAGACUGACAUAUCCCUGAAUUAUGAUGCAGAUGUUGACCACAAUGAAAUGUCUGCUGCUGCUUCAAAUAUUCAGAUUGUGUGCUGUGUGUAUGGACAGAAAAAAGGGGCCAAAUACAGGGUACUACAUCCCUGCAAUAUGGAGUUUUUGAGGAAGGUUGGUGAAGAUGGUGCAGUUGACAUGUCUGCCAUUAUGACCACAGUGGACUUACAUCUGUGUGCCAGCACUGUGCACAUACUACUGGAUGUCAUUGAUAUGAUAAAUAAGGAGAAAAAGGAUGAAGAAAGCACUGAAGAUACCUCCCUCAUAGCAUCCCAGGGGGACAUCUGGAGGGUGAAGAGUAUUACACAAGAUAAGUGGCUACAGGAUGAAGAGAUGCAAGGCACGGUAUCUUUUCCAAUCCCCUCUAAAGCCCCUCCCGUAGAGAGCCUGAAGAUAGACAUAAAGGACGUGAGGGUGAUGUUUGAGGCAGAGAAUCUGGACACACAUGUCCCCAUGCUGUGUCUGAGAACUAAACUGGAGGCUGAGGUCUUUGACUGGUCUAAGCAGCUGAGACUGUCAGCUGAGUGUCACCUAGACAUGGCUUACUACAGUGACAAGUUGGACACCUGGGAACCUCUCAUUGAACCUGUCAUGGAGCAAGAGAAUGUCUACAGGCCUUGGGAAGUCCUCAUUAAGCUUGUAGCAGCCAGAGGUCAUCCAAUAGCUUGUGAUGUUGAGGAUGAGCUAGAACGAUCUUUUAUAAAUCAGCUGAUUAGGGCCAAGUCACACCCUAUUUCAUGUAACUAUGAUGAGAACUCUGCCAACUGGGGGGAGUCUGUGGAUGGAGAGAUGAGCCACUUGGUAUGCAGAAGUAAGCCUGUGUCAGACAGCUCAGAAUCCGAGGAGAAUGACACAGAGACAGACAUGAGGGUGAUACGGCCACGAGUGCCCAGUAGAAGGUCAAGGACAGAUAGUGAGAAGGCACAACCAGAAAAACCACCAACCCAAGAAAAGGCCACAAAAGAGAGAGUAAAUGGCAGCACAGAUACUUCUGAGUCUGACAGCUUCCUGCACACCAUAGCAGCUAAGCUGGGCGGUAUCUUUACCAGCAGUGAUAGUGAUGCUGAUGUCAGUGACAUUGAGGAAGAAGAGGAAGAUGAUGUGUUUGGACCAACCUACCACAAUCCUGUUUUCAUCACCUCCAAAGGCCCUAUCUCUUUUAACUCUGAGAAUACCACGUUUGAUGAGGUAGAUUAUGCAGGAGGUGGAGAGGAGGAAGAAGAGAACUUGUGUACAUACAUGGUCGUCAACUCAAAAGAUAAACUUCUGCUCAAUCUAACACCAGUUGCUAUGAAUGUAAUCAAGGAUGUUGCUGGGGCAUUUAUGAAGGAAGAACAAACCUUGUUGAGAUCAGCAGAGAAGAAGCCAAGUUUUGAAGUGUACAACCAUCUGGGUCUGCCAGUGGAAGUGACUGUUAGUGAGAAAGUAAAGAUCCGCAGCAGUGCAGCUCAUGGUUGCUCUGUGAAGACAACAAAAGAAGCAGUAGAUGUUGAUGAAAGUGAAUGGAUAGAAGAACAUGAAAUGGAUGAUGAGGAUGAUGAAGACUUUGAUGAUGUUGAUGGUCUUAGUUUCCUGGCUAAUGCUCUAGCUAAGACAGCCAACAUGGCGGCUGCAGGCGUAACUAGUCGAGGACUGCCACUUAUUCCUCAGGGAAGUGAGGAGGAUGAGCCUAUUUAUCUGGAACUGAGCCAGGAUGAGCUUCAUGUCAAGCUGGAGGGAUUUGAUAAUUUAUAUAAUCUCUCUCACAGAAGAGACACCUUGAAACUGCUGAAACUUAAGCCUGCCAAGUGCAACACUGUGUACUGUGCAGUCUACAACGUGAAUGUCAACUAUGGAAGAAAGGAGGUUAUAUUACAAUCUCCCCUCAAGCUGUGGAACCACAUGUCAGUGGCAGUAGACAUCUUGUGCAAGACGGAGGAUCUGAAGACACACAGCGUGACUGGAGUGACACCUAGUGACCAAGAGUAUACCAAGCUAGCUGAGGUAGCUCCUGAUGCAGAAUACUUUGUGCCAUUGUAUGUUGCAUACCACUGUAAACUAGCUGUACAGCCUGCAGCCUCAAACUUCCAAAGAUCCUACAGUGAGCUGUGGUGGAAAGACUUCACUUCAAAUGAGAAAAUGGGCACAAAAUACCUGUCUUGUUUAGCUAAAGAAGGGAAUGAAGAGGCUUUCUAUAUUAAGAUCACCUGCAAGCCCUGUGGUCCAGAGAUUCAAGAUGAAGCCUUGGUGAACUCUGUGCCUCUGUACACUUUCCAUCUUGACUCUCCACUGGUGAUCCACAACUACCUGCCAUAUCAGAUGACUUACUCUGUGGGAGAGAGUGAGCAGUUGACCAGUGUGGCCCCAGGGGAGACUCAACCUGUGAACACUGUAGAUAUGCAGGUGACUCACAAGCUCAAGAUACAGCUCCCAGACUAUCAGGGUGUAGAGUGGAAUGGCAGCUUGAACAUAUCAAAAGACACUUUCAGCCAAUCUAAGACCAGCUUGUUAGUUCCCAUGGAGACAGAUGUGAAAACAGUAGAUGCAGAACCCAAGCAGCUUGCUCUCAAUGUCUUCACCAACAAAAUCAACAACAUAGAUCUGAUUGUGCAUUCUCCCUACUGGAUUAUCAACAAGACAGGGUUGCCAGUGCAGUUCAGGGGUUCUGGAUCAGAUGCAGUGUUUGAGAAUGAUGUCAGUGUGGAUCCCAUCCUUUUCUUGUACAAGAAAUACAAGAGACAGAAGGUCCGGAUGCGAAUUUACAAUUCCAAGUGGUCAUCCUCAUUUAGUCUGGACACUGUUGGCAGCUGUGGAGUAGUCAUUUGUAAUGACCCAGAAACAAAGAGAAAAUAUCAGUUUAUGCUCCAGAUUAGCCUGUCACAGUUAAAGUUGACCAAGAUUGUGACCUUGACCCCAUACUUCAUGGUGGUGAACAGCACCCAGAUGGCGCUGAAGUACAGGGAACAAACCAGCGGAGAAGAUGAGUGGAUAGAGGCUGCAUCAGGAGACUGCCAUGCCUUCUGGCCAAAAACAGAAAGUAUGAAGCUGACAGUGAAGUACCUUGACAGCAAUGUGUCUUCCUUCUACUUCAGUAUCAAGCAGACAUGCACAACUGUACUCAGGAUGAGCAAAGGGACUGCCCUCACAGUGGGGGUAUCUGGUGGCACAGAAACCCCCAAAACAGUAACAUUCCAGGAUUACAGACCAGGAGAUGCACCAGUCAGAAUAGAAAACCUCUGUGAGGAUGUCUUCCUCAAGAUUCACCAAAAGGACCAGAGCCAGGUUCUACUGUUGUCUGCCAACCAGUCCAUGCUUUACACUUGGGACGACCCCACAGCUCCCAGAAUUCUUCAGUGGAAUCUGUAUAAUAGGAAGAGGAGUGGAUAUGAGGCCAUAAUUACCACAGAUGGUUAUGGAGAGGUCAAACUUGAUGUCCAGACGGUGAGGAACAGCAGUGAGGGACACAAUGGGGCUUCUGGAGAUGCAGUGGACAGCAGCAGCCCAGAAGAUGAUACCGAGCUGGAUGAUGUUGAUUUCCCCCUAAUUCAUAGAACACGCACAGACAAAGUGGCCAUGUUCUGGGUGUCCUACCUGGAUGGCCUACAGAGGGUGCUGCUCUUCACUCAGGAUGAGAGGAUUGCCAAGAAAGCUAGGAAGGUUCACAAAAUUCUGCGUCCAAUACAGGAGGCCAAUGAGGCAGAACAGGCAUCAUUAGCUUUCUUCUUGUCCUUAGAUGGCGUAGGAUUGUCCCUGAUCAAUAAGCAGUAUUUGGAGGUUGCUUUUGUCAGUCUGUCGUCUGCUCCAACCAUUUGGGAGGUGGAGGUGAAUGGGAAGUGGAAGGCUCUUAAUGUGGAGCUAGCCACAUGGUUAGAGGAUAAAUAUUUCAGUGGAGAAAAUACUGUCAGUCUAGAAGACUUUGUGGAGGCUGACAUUGGAGAGGAGAUGAGUAUGAAGAAGCCAUAUGUUGGCGCCCUGAGAAGGACUUGGAGACCAGCACUGUGGUUCAUAUACAGACAGUCCCAGCACCACAUGCAUGUACAUGCCAAGAUACACAGGGUGCAGAUUGACAACCAGCUCCCUGAAGCUUACUUCCCUUCUGUGUUCUACCCGUCUCCCCUGCCACAGCAUGUGUUGAAGAGAACUGGACCCAAGCCGUUCAUUGAGCUGUCUGUGAUGAGGAGGACUGUGCCAGAAAAUGGGGUGGACAGUAUCAAGAAACUGAAGGUGCUGAUGCAGGAGUUCAAUAUCAAAUUAGACAAAGGGUUCCUAGUGUCUGUCUAUGAUGUCAUGGCAAAUGUGUGGGAGAAGAAAAUGGAGAGUGUUCAACUACAAGAAGAUUUAGAUGUUGUAAAGGCUUCUCUCAAAGAUACAGUUAAAAGUCAAGUAUCCAGUUCUCCGAACCGCAUUGUAUUUGAAUACUUACACCUGUCUCCUUUGAAGAUGAGAAUAAGUUUCUCUCUGGCUGGGAAGGCUUACAAGACACCAAGUGAAGAAGAGAGGGGUGUCCUGCAAGAAGUGUCGUCUGACAUAGUUGGCUUCUUCUUCCAAUCUGUUGGUGUCACUUUGACAGAAAUCCGAGAAGUAGAAAUCAAAAUGGCAUAUUUUACACUGAAUGGUGCUACUCUUACAUGGAACCAGCUUGGUGCUGAGAUAUCCUCACACUAUAAAUCCCAGGCCAUUCAGCAAGCGUAUGUGUUCAUACUGGGGCUGGAUGUACUGGGGAACCCCUAUGGACUGAUCAAGGACUUCACGGAAGGACUGGGAGAUUUCUUUUAUGAGCCUUUUUUGGGCUCCAUAGAAGGACCUGAGGAGUUUACACAGGGCCUGGUCAGAGGAAUAGAGAGUUUAAUGGGACACACUGUGGGUGGUGCAGCUGGUUCAGUAGCCUUGGUGACAGGUUCUCUGGGCAGAGCUCUGGCUUUCCUCAGUUUUGAUGAAGAUUAUAAGAAGAAACGUCGACAAAGAAUGCAGCAGCACCCCAAGAGUUUACCAGCCAGCCUGGUGCUUGCUGGGAAGUCUUUUGUGAUGGGUGUGGCUUUGGGACUGUCAGGCGUGGUGGUCAGUCCAGCACAAGGUGUCAGUGAAGAUGGAGUCGAGGGAUUCUUCAAAGGCAUUGGCAAAGGUCUGCUGGGUCUACUGACCAAACCUGCUGGGGGCGUGGUGGACAUGGUCAGUGUCAGCUUUGAUGGAAUCAGGAGAGCUGCUGAGAUGGGGGAAGAUGUUGUAGUCAGGAUCAGGUUACCAAGAUACAUCAACCCAGUGUUGGGCUUGAAGCCAUAUUCACCCUACCUGGCCCUGGGACUGAAGCUGCUACAGAGUCUGGCUAAGGGCAAAUACACCGAGUCUGAUGUCUACAUGGCACACGCAGCCCUGUCUGCACAGCAGAAUGCUGAUGUAGCAGUGAUAACAAACAGGCGUGUACUGCUGCUGGGCAAGUGUAAGUUCUGGGGAGACUGGGACAUAGAGUGGGACGUCCUACUCAAGGAUAUUACGGGACCACUGGUCAUCACAAAUGGCCAGCUUAUCAUUAAUGUCAUAAAGGAUGAUGGAGAGAGUGUGGAGGAGAAGGUGAUAGUGUGUAAAGAGCAGGAUAUUCUGGAGUGGUUAGAGAAGAAACUGGAGAAGGCAAGAAGGACAACAAAGGCUCUCAUGAUGUAAACUGGCUUGAAAUAUGUUGGACUUUUUUUGAGAGAGAAUUGGUUUGUGUCCCAGUAAAGUUGUUAUUAUUUUGUUAGAGUAUACAAUUAUUGUAUUUAACCCAUAUAGAAGGUAGUUUAGAGAAUAUUCCAUGCCAAAAUGGUUUAUAAUACAGUGUUCAAAUUGUUCUGUAUUGAGGAUAUCUUUAUCUAAUGGAUCAAGCCAAUUUGUUGAAAAUGUGCCCUUUUAAUGAAUGACAUUUGGUUGAGGGGGCAGCUAUUAUGUGUUAUUUUAUUCACUGCUACUAUACAUAUCAUCAGUUUUUAUUGUAAUAUGAAAUAAAAGCCAAAAUAAUUUCUAUCAUAUUCUAAUGACUGACUCUCAACAGUCUGUCUGCUGGUAAUAGUUCCCAUUUUUAUUUUCAGUUUUAUUACAUAUUAUUCUUCUUUGUUGUUAAGCAGUUACGAGCUUGGUUAAAGGUACUAUUCAUGGGAUUUUAGUGCCAGACAUAUGAAACAAACUGAAAUGAUAAAUAAUCUAUAAAUAUCAUAAUAUACAUAUUAUGUCACUUGACUUGGUUCAAGCUUUAGCCUGGUUGUGAACUAGUUUCAUACAUUCCUAGCUUUUUUACUUGCUGUAACCUGCAGUUUUUCUGAUGAUAGAGCUAUGCUUGUUAUUUGGAAAAAUGUAUGUAACAAGUAAGAAAUAUACAGGCUACUAAAAUCUGAAUUGGUCCCAUUGAGGCAAAAUAUCUUAUUGAUUUUACCAACAGGUCAUAAAGCACGGACUUUAACAUAUUUUACCACUUCCAGUGCCACUUUAAAUAUUUAAGGCCAAAUGAAAUGCCUAUUUUGAUUUUGUUUUUCCAUAAUUUCAUAGAUAAUGAUAGCUAUGUAUGAGGAAGUCAUCUUUUCAGCUGAACUCGUGCUCGUUCAAUUUUUUUUCAAUGUGCAAUGCAUAAUACAAAAAAAAAACUGAAAAAAUUCCUUUGGAAUUAUUGGCAAUUUUUACAUGCAAGCAAUUUUGUCCUAGUCAGUCAUAUAAAGUUACAGCAUAAUAAUAAUAAUAUAUCAUAAUGUUGUAAUAAUGGUGCAGUUCCAUUGGUGGUCAUAUUGAAGUGAACCCAACCUUUACCCAAAUGAAGAUGUGCUAUAUACAAUGUUCUAAUUUAUCUUUAUGUUUGUGAAUAACUUUUUUUGAGUAAUAGUGUGAUAGUAAAGAAAGCUUGGCUUUUUUUUAGGAAUAUAUGUAAUACAUUUAAGACAGAGAUGUGGUAUGGCGUGUAUUGCGUGUAUUUUGUAGUGCAAAAUGUGAUUGGGAUGAAAUUGUUUAUGAAACUCAUAUCCUGGAGGGAUAUAUGAUAUCAAUAAAGAUGUGUCUAUUUCUCUA